AUGCAAUUUACACUUCUUGCUGCAGCUCUCGCUGUUUUCGCCACUGGCGCAAUUGCGGACAACUGCAAGCCUGGUCUUUUCUACUGUGGAAGCACUCUCGUUAGCAAAGGGAAAUACCAGGCCCAAAUCGACCAAGCUAUCCACGAUGCUGGCCAGCAAGAAAUUGACAAUGGCAAGGAUGAUCUCUUCUAUUGUGUAGGAGGCAAUCAGGGUGUUAUUGAUUGGCAGAAACGCUGUGCUGGUGGGUGUAUUGAUGCUGGAACUGACAAGAGUGACCACUGUUAGAAGUUGUCAGAUCUCACGGUGGGCCUUGCAGCAUCGAGAGUCAGAAUAGGUAGAAUAGUAAUACCAACGGAAUACAUACCUAAUUUCCCGCCUCAAG